AUGACUGCCAUCGCAGCUUUGCAAUGUGUUGAACGCGGCCAGUUCACGCUCGAUGAAGACGUCACUCCCUUACUACCUGAGCUGAAGGAUAUUGAUAUCCUGAAAGGAUUUGAAGAAGGAACAGAUAAACCUAUUUUGGUGAAAGCUGCGAAGGAAAUCACUUUGAGACAGCUGCUAACACAUUCGUCGGGUAUCGCUUACGAUAUUUUCGAUCCAACUCUUACCCGAUGGAGAGCAUCUCGCGGCGAACAGCCAUCUCUUGGUGCUGGUGAUAUGAUUUACCGUGGGACUGUGCCGCUUUUGUUUGAGCCUGGGGAGUCAUAUGCAUAUUCUCCAGCUGGUCCAGACUGGGCAGGUGUAAUGAUCGAACGCACCAAUGGCAUGUCUCUCGGAAAAUACAUGCAGAAGUAUAUCUGGGAACCACUCGGCAUUAAGAACAUGACAUUCCAUCUUGAAGAUCGACCGGACAUGCUAAAACGCCGAGCUGGUACCGGUGAGCGAAUGGGUGGCAUCAAUCCUAUGUUUGGCUGUCCUGCCGAUCCGUCAGCCAAGAUUCAGCAUGGCGUAGAGGGGGUCUCUUUCUGGUGGAGGGACGAAGGUGUUCCCGACGAUUCUGGAGGGGCUGGAGCAUUUGGCAGUAUAGUUGACUACCAGAAGAUUCUGCACAGCAUCACAGCGGGAGAUGGGAAACUACUUUCUAAGGAGAUGAAUGAUGAGCUGUUCCGUCCGUGCUUGAGCGAGAGAUCUCGGAAACAAUUCAUGGCGCUUUGCACCUUCAAGGAAAUCAAUGCUAUACAUGGUGCAACCCUACCUAUGGGUACGCAACUUGACUAUGCUCCAGGAGGUGCCAUCUGCUUGGAGGACAUAGAAAGUCGACGAAGGAGAGGAACGAUGUACUGGACAGGUCUUCCGAACCUGUACUGGUUUGCAGAUAGGGAUGGUGGUAUCAGUGGAAUAUAUGGUACUCAAACUCUGGCUCCCGGAGAUCCAAAAAGUGGAGAGAUGUUCAAGCAAUUUGAGAUAGUAGCCAUGUACAAGAAAGCAAAGGAAACUCGAGAUGCUGGACAAAAGCUGUAA